UUCACAAUUACUCAAUUCCUUCUUCCUCGUUUACAUUUUUCCAACAAUGAUUAAUUAGAUCAUCAAAUUUUUCUAUCUUCUUGUACAUUAUUCCUGUAAUAAUCAGGUCUUCUUUUUCUUUCUUAUUAGAGCAUAACUUGUAGAAAAUAAAUCUUGUGUUGUAUCUGAUAAUAUUGACACUACGUUCAGAUUGUUGUAGCUGAAUGAAAGAACAUAAGAGAGGUUGAUUAAAACAAAUAGGAGUAUUAAAUACUGUAUUUUCAUAUAAUAAUACGCACAAUCCUUACAUCAAGUCCAAGAUCAGAAAUUAUUAAGUGUUGAUCUGUUAAUUAAUACUUACCAAUUUAAGAGAUCUAAAGUUGUUGUAGGCUAAAAUAUUAGAAUCUCUCACGCACAUAUAUAGAAAGAGAAAGCAUGUAGUUCUUUGCUUCCAUCUCAACAUCUUCUCACUUCCUUACCUCAAAGGGGAAUAACUAAUUCCUCUUCUUCUCUCUUUCUCUCUGAUAGUAUUUUUACAUUUUUCUUUUAUUUUCAAGAAAAUGAAGAAUGAACAACAUAACCAACUAUUUUUCACUUCAAAACUAUUCAAUUGUCAAAGGUACCUCCAUAAUCUCGUUGCUUAUUUUAUUUUAUUCGGGUCUGGUUUAAUUAUUGGUAUAUCACUAAGUUUCUAUCUCAAAGAUCUUCCUAACACUUUACAAAACAAAUUAUUCUAUCCUCAAUCACCCCAACAACGACCAACCUAUACACCAAUUAUUACAACAUCACCACAAAUACCUUUGGAUUUAACUGAUAAUUCGAUAAUUAAUAAUGAGGCUAAAAGUGUAGGAAGAAUAGGGUUAAGAGAUUAUCUUAAGCCACCAAAAUCAUGUAAACAUGAUAUGAAAGAUGAAGAGUUGAUUUGGAGGGCUUCAAUGGUGCCACGUGUACGGGUUUUGCCAUUUAAACGAAGGCCAAAGAUUGCUUUUAUGUUUCUUACAAGAGGAAGUUUGCCAUUGGCUCCACUUUGGGAAAGAUUUUUCAGAGGAUAUGAAGGGCUUUAUUCCAUUUACAUUCAUUCUCAGCCUUUCUUUAAUGGAAAUGCUCCCGAAGAAGGACCCAUCUUUCAUGGCCGAAGAAUACCAAGUAAGAGUGUAGAGUGGGGAAAAUUCAACAUGGUGGAAGCAGAACGUCGAUUACUAGCCAAUGCAUUACUAGACUUAUCAAACGAGCGUUUUGUACUUCUUUCAGAGUCAUGCAUUCCUUUAUACAAUUUCACCACCAUCUACAACUACAUCAUGAACUCCACAAAAACCUUCACCGAAUCUUAUGAUUUGCCGAGUCCUGUCGGCCGUGGCCGUUAUAAAAAGAAAAUGCGACCCUGGAUCACCCUCGACCAAUGGCGAAAAGGGUCCCAGUGGUUCGAAGUCGACCGCGAAAUCGCGAUCGACGUAAUAUCCGAUCAGAAAUAUUUCCAAUUAUUCAAGAGAUAUUGUAAGCCGGCAUGUUAUUCCGACGAGCAUUAUUUGCCAACUUUUGUGACUAUGAGAUAUUGGUGGAAAAAUGGGAAUAGGACGUUGACUUGGGUUGACUGGGCCAAAGGUGGGCCCCAUCCGACAAGGUUUAUUAGGACAGAGGUGACAGCAGAUUUGCUGAGUAGGAUGAGGAAUGGGACCAAGUGUGAGUAUAAUGGGGAGCCCACUGACACGUGUUACUUGUUUGCUAGGAAGUUUUUGCCUAGUACUUUAGAUAGGCUUUUGAGGUUUGCUCCUAAAAUCAUGAAAUUUGGUUGAUUUGAUAUUUCUAAUCUUGUAUAUUACUAAGUUCUUUUAUGUUUUUUUAAAUUUUGUAAAUCAUAUAUAGUUCCUUCCUUGGGACUGACAAUGUCA